GCAGAGAUCUGUGUCAUGCUGUAAAGGAAUAACAUCAUGAUUUAACUUACCAAUGUUCGCUGCCUGGCGACGAGAGAUUUCAUGUUAGCUCGUUAUAUAAGAGUACCCCUCUUAUAAAAGUGGCUGUGCGUUUCGUAACUACACGUAUUUGGAUACGCAGUCUUCCCUGGGUGUCCAUUUCUGAGCUGUGUUAAGGUUGUAGACGAUGCGGUUGUUGGUGAUAUCUCUGGCCUUAGUGGCCGCCGCCAGUGCUUAUGAGGUACAGAUCCGUUACUCCGCGCCAGUCCUUGGGUUUGUUCUAAAGACGACUGGCCAAGAGAGAAUUGGCGGUGUGGUCUUCAAUUACGUCAUCAAUAAUGUCGCGUAUCAGGCACGGGGCAUUCAGACAAGCGACGGCUGGCUGUACAGAACCCGCGACGUCAAACUGGAUGGCGCAGACGCUGUGCACGCCAACGCUCAAAUCUAUGACGUUUCAGGCAACCUGCGCUUGACUACGCAACGCUCUGUUUUGAAAUUAAGCGGUGAGAGGACAGACUUGGCCCGCCUUCCUUCCAGGCAGAUCCGAGCAGCAACCAUCUUCAGGGAUGACUUCAACAGCUUCGAUGCUAACAAAUGGAACUAUGAGGUCUCUAUGUAUGGAGGCAUGAACGUUCAUAGAUGACCAGCAAAUCAUGGCCGUAUAUCCUCCAUCUGGCGGGUUCUGGCAGAAGGGAGGAUUCUCUGGCAACAAUAUCUGGGGAGGCAACAAGAUGGCUCCAUUUGACCAAGAG